AUGAUCGACUCGGACGACUACGUCGGCAUCAACACGUCUGAGAAGGACGAUGUCGCCAUCAUCAAUACCGAUAUGCCCGACGCCGAGGCCGAGCAAUUACAUGAUCUCCCCACCGCCGACGACUGCCGGUGGUUAUCCUUGUGCUCCAUAUACGUCGAGCACGGCUUCCGCGCCUCGGACGUUCCCGAGAACUGGAGCUGCUGCGUUCAGUUUGCACUCGUUCUCUGGAACCCCAAUGACCCCUCCUUGUACACUUUUCACCACGCGCAUCACCGAUUCACCAAGGAGGAGGGCGACUGGGGGUUCACACGCUUUGUCGAGCUGAGGAGAAUGUUCAAUAACCCCUGGGAGAGGGGAUCCCGACCGCUUUGCGAGAAUGACGCGGGCAACAUCACGGUUUAUCUGCGCGUUGUAGAAGACGAAACCGGCGUUCUAUGGCACAACUUCAAUAACUACGAUUCCAAGAAAGAAACAGGUUACGUUGGCCUCAAGAACCAAGGCGCUACGUGUUACCUGAAUUCUCUUCUCCAGUCAUUGUACUUUACCAACGCUUUUCGCAAGCCGAUACAGGCCGUUUACGAGAUUCCCACCGAGAACGACGCGAGCAUGACCAACAGCGCAUAUACCCUACAACGCCUUUUCUACCAACUUCAGACCUCGGAGACCGCCGUUAGCACAAACGAGCUCACAAAAUCUUUUGGAUGGGAGACGAGACACAUUUUUGAACAGCAAGACGUCCAGGAGCUCUCUCGCAAACUGAUGGAGCGCAUGGAGGAGAAGAUGAAGGGGACAAAGGCCGAAAACAUUCUACCUCAGCUUUUUAGCGGAAAGGUUAAGACGUAUAUUUCUUGCAUCAACGUCGACUACGAAUCCUCGAGAAUCGAAGACUUUUGGGACAUUCAACUAAACGUGAGCGGCAAUAAAAACGUCCUGGAAAGUUUUCAGGAUUACAUCCAAGUAGAGAAGCUGGUUGGCGAGAACCAGUACUUUGCCGGGGAGCAGUUCAAGCUGCAAGACGCCAACAAGGGCGUCAUCUUCAACUCUUUUCCCGAGGUGCUCCACCUCCAGCUCAAGCGCUUCGAGUACGAUAUUCAAAGAGACAUGAUGAUGAAGGUGAACGCUCGCUACGAGUUCCCCGAGGUCUUUGACGCCGCCCCAUAUCUCGCCGAGGACUCGGACAAGUCGGAAUCGUGGGAGUAUCAGCUUCAUGGCGUUCUCGUUCAUAGCGGUGACCUCAACACGGGGCAUUACUAUGCCUUUUGA